AUGAAUCACCGCGGUGUCGGAUGUGAGGUGGACAAGGACGACUUCAUGUCGAUCGAGGACGAACAGUGGAUCACCGAUGGCGUGGUGGACUUUCACAACGUGCUGCUUAGCAUCAGGAAGCCGUCGCUCCGCGACGGCAAGACAUGGGCCGCCAUGGACUGCAAGGCCUAUUCACAGACGACAGCUGCGCAUGGAGUGCCGUUAACGCUGGGGAGUGGGCGGCCGCUUUUGGAACACGAUUAUCUUGCGAUCCCGGUCCUAGAGUCGCGGGAGAUGCGCCGAGACUUGUGUGCACACGCUGGCGGAGAGCUUCUGAAACAACUACAGGAACUGGGGAUUGAAGUCCCGCCGCAAGACGAAGGACUGGUUACCGCAGAGGGGACAGUGGUGCAGGUGAGAAACACUGCGGAGGGAGAUGGGAGGCAGGCGCCAAACACUCGCCAUGAUGAGGACGCUCGGUUUACGGAGAUGACGAGGCGCAUAGCAUCGCUGCAUAACGAUGUGAGGCACCUGGACGCCAGCUUCACCGUGAUCGCCAACUUCGUGGGCCUGAGCCGGGACGAGGUGGUGUCCGCUGCAACCCAACUGCUGCUGCAUGGAGGGGUCGCGGGGAACGGCACGAAAACAGAGGCGGGUGGCAACAAGCAUGUGCCACGCACACCCCAGCGUCCGUCUGCCCGGAAGAGGCGAGAUGACAGCAGUCCUGAGGAGGACGGCGUGCGCAACCUCACCCAGGUGGCGCUGGCCUCCACGUUCGCCGCAUGUGCGCCGACACCGAGCCUGCUGCAGAACCCGCUGAUCUCGAACGGGGCCAUACCUCCCUGGAUGUUGACGCGCCCGCGGCUGCUGUCCGGCACGGGUGUGCCAGCUGGACCUGACGUGUGGGGAGACAGGCUUGGGCAGGAGACGGCGAAGGCCGACGAAGAGGAGGAUCUCGUGUCAGACUCAGAUGACGAGGACGGUGGCGAAGAUACAUGUGCAACCAGGUACACGGGUGUGAAGCUGGAUCCGAACACCGGCAAGUACGGCGUCAAGAUUCUGUUUAAAGAACGUGGGAAGCGCAAGCAGCAGAGACUGGGAGGGUACACCACUGAGGAGGAGGCGGCAUUUGCAUACGCCGCCGGUGCGUUCGUGCUGAGGCCUAGCGAGAGGAUACCCAACACCGUCAGCCUGUCGGCCGCAGAGAAGGCAACGCUGCGGGGGUGCACCAAAGAAGAUUUACAGACCCUGGUGGAAGCGAGGAAGUGGUGGAGGUGGAGGAGUUGGCGUGAGGCGCUGGAGAGCGUGGGCCAGCGGUUGAAACGAGUGAGGAAGCGUGGGGGUGCAACAGGUGCAUCAAAGAGGCGCAGGGUUGUGGACCACGACCACACAGCUACCAACGACCCAGCGGCAACCGACAAUGCUGAGAGUGGGGGGACGGCCCCAGUGACAAACGAGCAAGGCGGAGGUGCAAGGGACAAUGACCAGGAAGAGCGGAGGGAAGACACUGGAGCUGAGGAGAAGACAUCAGAGAUGGCUGCAGAAUUGUUGACGAUGCCGCGAGGUCGACUGUCCAACGGGAACCGUGGGGCGCCCUUACCCAAGAGCCUGAGCUUCCGCAAGAAGGGGAAGGAGGUGGUGCAGCCAGAGGAAGAUGACGGCACUGGGGCGGAGAGUGCAGAUUCGUCCGAGCGCAGCGAGGAUGAGGACGAGGAAGGCGGAGACACGUCGGCAUCAGGAUCAGGCGAAGAAUCAGCCGAGCCCGCUAAGGGGGGGAAGACGGACGACGAUGGGCGUGCGGGACCAUCCGCGGCCAACGCUGACACUCGCGCUAAUCACGACGUGGACGGACUGGUGGGACCCACACGCUGGGACACAGUGGACGCCAACAGCGAUGACGUGCGCAUACCGAGCCGUAUCCUCGAGCAACUCAUUCAGGCUCAGGACAAGAGCGCCAAGGAGAACGCGCGGUUGGAGGCGCUGUUCUUGAAUGCGAUGUCUCGGCCGUCCAGUGGCUCUCAUAAGCGUAAGGCGACCAGGCAGAGAGACCCGGGGCAGGGUUGUAUGAACCCGAAGCGUAAGCGUGGCGAGACGUGGAGUGGCGGGUCAGACGAUGACGGCGAGGACGACGAUGACGACACACAUGGAUCUGGUGGCCGUCAUAUGCGCACGGCCAAGUCUCCUAUUCUGCAGCGCGCCUUGGAGCAUUUGCCUGCGGACAAGGCGUGGAAGCGGGUGUGCGAGCUGGCCAGGGUGCACAUGUUUCUCAACAGGCCGACGUCGAUGAUGACCUUCUACCCGAGCAGCGACGACAAGACACACGGGGUGUGUGCGGUGCUGGACCGCCUGCCGCAUAGCUUCGCCUGUUUGGCGUUGGCGGCUGACAAGUCGCGUCGCGCUGAUCUCAACAAGACACUCUCUGAGUGGAAGACGCGGGCUGCCGCCCGCGUGCGCGACAUUGCACUUCCCAAGCUCGGCUUGUUCCGCGACGAUCGGGACGCAUCCAGCCCAUGGGCACCGGAGAAGGAACGCAGUAUUGAGAAGAUCCGGGAGCGCAUUGGGUUCGGCGCUGACCCCCCUGACCGGGAUGGCAUGCCGUUCGCCUCUCGGGCGUUCGCGACAUGUGCGAAGGCUGCAUUCAGGCCCAAGAAGGCCGGCCUGGUGAUGACGCUGAAGGUGUACCACCUGGCCUGGUUGGAGCAUGUGGUCUCCGACUGCGUCCUCUACUGGGAGCAGAGGAAAGGCUGGCUUUCCAACUCGGCCGGCGGAAACGCCCACGUUGUGGACGGCCUCAAGGUCCUGGUUAAGGAGGCCGUGGAGAGGGCGAUCAGGAUCCGCAACCCGGAGUAUGACGCGGAGCGGGAGGCGUGGAUCUGGGGGCGCCAUGGUCUGCGCAUCUCUGCGUGCGGCCUGGAGCACAUGAGGCCCGCCGGCGCAGCCCAGCCGGAGGAGCCAGUGGGGGACGACGACCUUUCGGCAUCCGUUCAGCCACCUCCUAUCGACAUCGUCCGCCUUCUCCUGGCCGUUUUUCUUUCUCACAUCAUCAUCUUUCCUCCGCCUUCUCGUGGCUUCCCUUUCGGAUGGCGGCAGACGCGCGGGCUGCAGCUGCAGUUGAACGAGUUCAAGAAGUGGUUCAACGAGGCCAAGCGCACCAACAACCCCGACCUCAAGCUGAACGAGGCCCUGUUUGUGGUGAGCAUCGGAGCCAACGACUAUCUCGCCGAGCUCAGCAGCGCGCAGCCCAACAUGACGAAUCUCGUCGCCAUAGCCUCCUCAGUUUCCAACACCGUCAUCAACGUCAUCCAGUCUCUCUACAACCUCACCGGCUCUUCCAACAUUGUUGUUAUCGAUCUGCCGAAUCUCGGCUGCAUUCCUGCUGUGCGCCGUGCGGCAGGCAGUGGAAUCAACUGCACCGAAGCUGGUAACCAGAUUACCACUAUCCACAAUUUCGCGCUGCUGACGAAGACGGACAAGCUGAGGAACAACCCCGCCCUGCCCAUGCCGAACCUGGUGCUCUUCAAGCAAUCUGCCGUCUUCAAGACCAUGAUCCAAGUCCCCACCUCUGGCCUGACGAAUCAGACGCACCCGUGUUGCGAGGCGGUGACAAGCACGGGGGUGGUGGUGGCGUGUGCUCAGACCAGCGGCAACGGCAAGGCAGCGGUCACGGCGGGUCCGUGUGCGGCGCCGAGCAAGGCUGUGUGGUGGGAUGCGCGCAACCCCACGCAGGCCGUCAACCAGAAGGUCGCCAACACCCUCUUCUUCUCCACCAACCCCGGCAUGGUCCGCCCCAACGGCCUCCGCAGGUUCUUCUCGCUAUGA